GAAUAUCCUCUCUACUUCAGUAUUAGAGUGGGGUAUGACGAGAACUGAUAAAGCAAACUCUGCCAAUCCUGGAAUGGAUUACAAUGUGAUGCGUCCAUGUACUUAUGUAUUUCAUUCCAAAAUAGGACAGUUUGUGAAACUUCAUUCCACGUCACAAGAGUGAGAUCUUUCCACUGACUGUCUAUACUUAUAUUAAGGAAAAAUGGCACAAGUAUGUCUUAAAUUAUGGCAAGGCCAUACGUGGUUUCAAGUUGGAAGAUUGAUUAAUAUUCAUAGACCAACUCUUACACCUACUGUGACUAGAAACUCUUCAGCAUCACUGUCUUUAGCAUUUAAAGUUUCAAGACUGAUGAGGAUCAAGAAGCCAGGAGUAUUAAGUUUAACGAGUGGACUCCUGGUUGGAUUUCUUGCAAGUGACUAUCCAAGUGUUGUAGCAGAAGCCCCUUCUUCAGAAACACUGGUGGCUGAAGCAGAUAGGCUUUAUGACCAAAUGAAAUAUGAGGAUAUAUACAACCUUCUGCAUACCCACAAGGGAAUGAAAAAUGAUGAGAUUCUUUGGAGAUUAGGUCGAGCAACAUAUGAAAAAGCAAAGGCUGCCAAGACAGAUGAUGAUAAAAAAAUACUUUAUAGAGAAGCUCUGAACUACGUUGAAGAAGCCUUAGCACUCAACCAGGAGAACUUUGCUGUUCACAAGUGGAUGUCCAUCUUAAUUGACUUUGUAUAUAGUUAUGAAGGAAGCAAGGCCAGAAUAUCUCAAUCUUACAAUACAAAGAAUCAUAUGAUGAAAGCUUGCGAGUUGAAGCCAACGGAUGGAACCUCGUGGUACCUGCUAGGAUUUUGGUACUACAGUAUUGCAAACAUUCCAUGGUACCAGCGGAAAAUUGCCUCGGUAGUGUUUGCCACGCCUCCAACUGGCACAUAUGAAGAGGCACUAGAGCAUUUUCUGCAUGCAGAGCAAGUGGAGCCGAAUUUUUACAGUAAGAACUUAUUAAUGAUUGGGAUGUGCUACCAGAAGCUGGGGAAGAAAGCAGAAGCGAAAGAAUAUUUUCUUCGCACUACAAAUUAUACCAUAAAGACUAAUGAUGAUCAAGAAGCAGUAGCAGAAGCAACCAGUCUUCUCAGUGGACUCUGAUAGUACUGGACCAGAAUGAGAGCAGCGUGAAAGAUGUAAAUUGAAAGAUUACUGUACAAGCCCAUAAUAAUGGCUCCUAAAGUAGAUAAACUUCGUUGUGUGAAG